AUGCCUAUCUGUUCCCUCCUUGCUCGGAGGAUUAGGAUUGAGGAGGUCUCUUGCCCGCUUUGUGGUGAGGGCGAAGAGUCUAUGGAGCAUCUGUUCCUUUUUUGUAAUUUUGCGUACCAUAUUUGGAGGUCUUCCCCUUGGGGAGUUAUUCCAGUUUUUGAGUCUGGAGCCCAGGUCUGGGACUGGGUAUCUUUCCUUUGGAACUUGAAGUUAAAAGGGGUGGAUAUUGAUAAGUUGUUCCUCUAUGUGUCAUUUGUAAUGGAUAGAAUUUGGAAGGCCCGCAACGAUAAGGUACAUAGUAACACCUCAGUAGACAUUAACCACUCUAUUGAUUCUAUCUCUUUUUGUUACACAAAUUAUGCCUCUUGCUUGUUUGCCUCGAAGUUGGCAGCUAUGUCGCCUGUUUGGUCCCCUCCUCCUGAAGAAUGGAUCGAGAUCAAUUGUAAUGUCAAGGUUGGUAGUUGUUCCAUGUGCGUGGCAACGUUGGCUAGGGAUCACACAUGGACAGUUUUGUGGGCUGCAACUAAAAGACUCAACUUCACAGAUUCACUGAUUGGUGAAGCUGCAGUCUGUCAGCUGGCGGUGGAAUCAGCUGUUGUGAUGAAGCACCCUUUUGUCCUGAUUGAGAGUGAUUCGGAGAAGGUUAUCAAUGCUCUGAAAGGAACUCUCCAUAAUGUAGUUAGGCAUACUUCAGAUAAGAUUCUGCCCAGAAGUAGGAUGAUAACGUGGACCAAAAAAACUGUGUUGCCAUUUGGUGGCUACAAUGAUGAAGGAGAGCCAAUUUCUGAAGGAGGCGAUGUUCUGGAGGCCAGGGAGGACUACAUCAUCAAGGAAUACACCGAGGCUAUCCCUUUGAGGAGGAGAAGUUCACCAGGAGAUCGAUAG